CACAAACAGAAAUGUUCAGGUAAUACAAACAUGUGGAAAAACUUCGAAAAUUAAUUGAAAUCUGGCACGCCGUAUUAGUCUCAACGCGAAAGUGCUCUUUGUCCUACGCAUGCACGUGACCAUGGCUGCGGAAAAAUGCAUCGUUUUGAUAUGCAUCUUUAGUUGGAUAUGCUGUGGACUCUGCCAACUUAACCUGAGUGAAGGUUCAUACUGCCUCAAUCACGACAUCAGUGGUACAUGCGUCAAAUUGCAUAAAUGUGGUUCAGCCGUCCUGACGUACUUGUAUCAUAAUGCUGGUUUUGCCAACAUGAGCCUGCCGAAACUGCCUGAACUAUGCUCACUCGUGGACGACGAGCCGGUGGUCUGCUGCACCGACUGUACUUUAAGUAAUGUGGACGCGUUCAGUGACUCUGCUGUGGCACCCUAUGGGGUCCUCAUCAGUAAGAAAGGUCCAAAGGCAUGGAAAAAAUGCGUGGAAUAUUUCCAUAAACUUCCAUAUCCGUGCCGCGGUAAAGGCAAUGUUCUACUCAAGAAGAGUCUGGAACAGUUCAGGCUUUGCUACACAUCUACGUUGAAGGUUACACUCAAUAUUGAUCGUUUGGUUCCUCAAAAAUGGAGAUUCCCCCAUCUGGCUUUGCUUGGAUACGGCGAAAACCUCAAUAAGGCGCAGUGGCUGUGCGAGGGGACUGUGAUCAGCGAGAGAUUCAUACUGACGGCUGCACGGUGCACUUCUGCGGGUACCCUUGGAACUGUAACAUAUGCUUCGCUGGGAGUCAGAAGUAAUGACAGACAUAAGAACACCCACAUUUACAAGAUCAAGAGAGUCUUUAAUCAUCCUAAAUACAACGAGCCGUCGUGGUACCAUGACAUAGCACUUCUGCAAACUGAACAAGAAAUACAUUUUAACAGUGAACUCCUCCCUGCUUGUUUGGAUGUUGGUGCUCAUGAUACGUCAAUAGCAGAAACAGCUGGCAUUGUUGCAAAAUUUGCCAAUAAGAAUCAAAGUACCUCACGUAACAUGGAAUCUGUAUACUUGGAUAAAACGCACCGAUUGAAGUGCAAAUACAAAUAUAGACCGAACAAUAACCUACUGCGUGGGUUUGACGUUUACAAGCAAAUGUGUUAUGAAGAGCAUAUUAAAACUGGCAAAACUUGCAAGCGCCUAAGCGGCAGUCCAUUACAAGUGGAUCAGUUCAGAUGCCAAUAUACCGCCAUCGGCGUAACAGGAGAGGUCGUGCCAUGCGGGUCUUCGCGAGUUCCUGAUAUCUUUACGAGGGUAUUUACCCACGUUCCCUGGAUUGAGAGCAUCGUGUGGCCACAUGAAGACUGACAUUCGUAGCACGUCAAUAAAAUUACGUAGAUUCCUCUU